AUGUCAGAGGUUAUUAGUGUGGUGAAAAGAAGAGGUGGAUUUCAAUAUCCAUCCAUUGUUGAUGAAACUAAUGAUAUAGAUACUUCUGAUGAAGAUAUCGAAAUGGAAGAUGUUGAAAAACCAGCAGGUGAUAAGAAAACAGAUGCUGCCGAAGGUGAAAUUGUUACUCCUGGUGAAUUGGUUACUGAUGAUCCAAUUUGGAUGAGAGGUCAUGGUACCUAUUUCUUGGAUAAUAUGACUUAUUCUUCUGUUGCUGGUACCAUCUCUAGAGUUAAUAGAUUAUUGUCAGUUAUACCAUUAAGAGGUCGUUACUCACCAGAGACUGGUGAUCAUGUUAUCGGUAGAAUUACAGAAGUUGGGAACAAAAGAUGGAAAGUUGACAUCGAUGGUAAACAGAACGCUGUGUUAAUGUUGGGUUCUGUCAAUUUACCUGGUGGUAUAUUAAGAAGAAAAUCAGAAAGUGAUGAAUUACAAAUGAGAAGUUUCUUGAAAGAAGGCGAUUUAUUGAAUGCAGAGGUACAGUCUUUAUUCCAGGAUGGUAGUGCUUCUUUACAUACCAGAUCUUUAAAAUAUGGUAAAUUAAGAAACGGUUUGUUCUUACAAGUACCAAGUUCAUUAAUUAUCAGAUCUAAAAAUCAUACUCAUAAUCUUCCUGGUAAUGUAACUGUUUUAUUAGGUGUUAACGGUUACAUUUGGUUAAGGAAGACUUCACAAAUGGAUCAAGCCAGAGAUCUCCCACCAGGUGGUAGUACAGGUGGUUAUCCAUCAAAUUCUGGACCAACUGGUGCUAAAUCUUUAAACCCGUCAAGUAAUAUGUCAAUCACGAGAUUGGAAGAAGAGUCUUCAUGGCAAAUUUAUUCCGAUGAAAAUGAUCCUACAAUUACAAAUAGCAUAAGGCAAACAAUCUCUAGAUACGCCAACGUAAUAAGAGCUUUAGCUUAUUGUGAGAUAGGUAUAACUCAAGAACGUAUCGUUAGUGCGUAUGAAGCAAGUAUGGCAUAUCCAAAUAUUGGUUCGUUAAUAGAGAGAGAUGUUAUGGAAUCCAUUGGUAAUGAUGUUAUUAAUGGUGAAAAGAUGAGAGGUAACGGCGGUAAUUAA